AUGGCUGGAAUAUCGUUAUCCUGGGUGAGUGUACAUGCUUUACGAGUCUCGCUUUCUCCGAACAGGUUACUGACAAACUUCUUCCAUACAGGUGCGCUCGCUUGUGAUGUCCCUGCUCACGCAUACACUUACUCCUGGGAGGGUAAUCCGCACUGGAGUCGGGCUUACGUCGGCGCUGAAGAACUUUACAAAUACUAUGAGGGCAGGACCGAAGUGUAUGGAGUUGCUGAAUCUGUACGACUCAACCAGCAUGUGACGAAAGCACAAUGGGACGGUGAAUCAGGCAGAUGGACGCCCACCAUCAAUAAAGAACAAGACGGUACAACGUUGACUGACGAAGCAGAAAUAAUUUCGUCAAUGCUGCGGGCUUUCUCGAGUAUGCUCGUGAUGGUGCAUUUAAUCAUAUGA